GGUCGAGCGGCUUGCCGAUCGUCAGAAUCAAAGCGGCGCGCCAGCUCGUGAGGGGAGGCGGGAGGAAAGCGGAAUGGCGACUAACACAACGACCACAGUUACACGCGCGCUCGCUUGCCUCGGCAGAAGCCACCGUGAAGAGCUGAGGGCACUCGAUCCGAUCAGAGGCUCCCUUCUGUCACUCGCUUGGAGUUUCUGCUUUUGGUAAACAGUUCUUUGCCUGCUUUGGUCGAGCUUUACUAAAGAGAAACCGUGACUGAACGUUUGACCCUAGUGGCCGAUGAGCGAACACGAGGCGGAGUGCUGUUCCCAAAUUGAAGAGUUCUCUGUGAGGGUGGGAAGGCAAAACUGACAGGUGUAGACAUAUCGUGUCCGCCACCGCCGCGAAACACACAAACGCUCGUCUGUUGUGGUUGCAGUAGUUUUUGGAGAGAAGCAGAAUAAGCAAUGGAUACGUACGUGUUGUGACUGCUGGCAGCAAACAACAUGACUGUGUAAGCAUCGUCGGCUGAUUUUCUAUCGUCUGCUCCUAGCUGCGAACUCGCAGAGUAGCCGGACUUGCUCGCAGUCAGUAAACGUUUGAGUUUUUUUCUCACCCCAAGAUGGCGAGCAACAGGGACAUGAACGGGGAAAACAGCCUUGCUCAUUACGAUGGGGCGACCCCCGAAUCUGUACAAAUAGAGGUUCGGUCCCCAGCAAAGAACAGAGCCAAAAGUACGGCCUUAGGCCCUGCCAAGUCAAAAAAUGUUAUGCUGUUCGAGCGGGCGUCAGGGAGUUGGUGGAACCCAAAGUUCGAUUCUCCAACUCUAGAAAAAGAACUGUUUCGACAGUAUUUUCCGCACUAUCGCCGCCGUUUUCAGCACGCCUUGAUCUACAUCAUCGUGGCUUGCAUCGCCUGGAGUAUCUUCUUUGGCUGCGUACAGCUGGACAAAUGGCCUCAUUUUCUGGCAGGAGCGAUCGUCUUGGCUGUUGUUUGUGUGCUCAUCUUGGUCCUGACCCGUUUCAAACUUUAUGAGCGUUUUCACUUACAAACUUCAAUCAUCUUGUCGUUGCUUUUGGUGGGACCACUUUUGGCAACUUUUGCGUUUGAUAAUCCAAACAUUUCGCUCAUAGGAACAUUCGCAGCGUCUCUAGAAGUGCUACUUUUGCUGUAUACAUUCAUUCCUUUGCCUCUUCUCGUAUCCGUCUCAGUAGGGUUUCUCUACUCUAUUGCUUACGAAUGGUUAGUAGCCGUUCGCUACUCAGAGAUGCAGGCGAUCUACUUCAUCGCCAGCAAGGCGUUGUUUCACCUGUGUUUACACCUUCUGGGCAUCCACAUUUUUAUCAUGUCUCAAGUGCGCCAUCGUAGCAAUUUCUGGAAGGUGGCCCAGUCAGUCCUUGCUCGGCGUGAGCUUCAGGUGGAGAAGCAGAUCAAGGAGCGCAUGAUCCAUUCCCUCAUGCCCCCAUCUGUUGCUCAAGCAGUAAUGAAAGCAAGGCCAGAAAAGGAUGAAGAUGAGGACAUUGGAGAUGGACGCAAGAGACGAAGCAAAAGCAAGCGUGCAAAGGGUGAAAUCAUUUUCCGAUCUUUCAACAUGAAUCAGAUGGAUAAUGUCAGCAUCUUGUUUGCAGACAUAGUAGGAUUCACAAAAAUGUCCUCCAACAAAACAGCAGAACAUCUUGUGGGUCUCCUAAACGACUUGUUUGGCAGAUUUGACAAACUGUGUUCACAGAUACGCUGUGAGAAAAUUAGUACUCUUGGAGACUGCUAUUACUGUGUUGCUGGUUGCCCAGAGCCACAGCCAGACCAUGCUGAAUGUUGUGUAAGAAUGGGUCUGGGCAUGAUCAAAGCCAUCAAAGAGUUUGAUGAGGACAACAACGAGUCCGUGAAUAUGCGUGUGGGUGUGCACACUGGCACAGUUCUUUGUGGAAUUGUUGGAACAAGGCGCUUCAAAUUUGAUGUGUGGUCCAAUGAUGUGACCCUUGCCAACACGAUGGAAUCUACUGGCAAGCCAGGAAUGGUGCACAUCUCUGAAGCUUCCUAUAAACUCUUGAAAGACAAGUAUGAAGUGGAGGAAGGAGAGGACGUACCAGACAACAGGACACGCAAAAUUUUGAUUGAGCACUAUGAUCCCAAACAGUCCAGCUUCACCAUUAAGCAUGAGGAAGACCGAAAAGUUAUCAAAACUUAUUUCAUCCUUGGAGUAAAACCAGGGGCUCAGGCAGCUUCUGAGGAGAACCUGCCUCAAGCUUCUCGGUCUGUGACCAUCACUGUUGAUCUGCCAGACAUGACAAAUGCUGUGGAGCGAAAAGAGGAGGCCCCUGGAAUGUCAGAAACAUCUGCUAAUCAUUUGGAAGGAGAGACCUAUGUUGAUGGCGUCUCACCAGUCGCAUUGCUCAGUCGCCGUCACAGCACUGGCUUCCUUGAGGCAACUGAUAUAGACAAGAAUGAUGAAAAAGGCCAGGAUGUUAAGCUGGCACUUCAGGCACAGUCUUUCUCAGUGCCACCUUCUUCCCUGACCAUGCACCAAGAACCAUCCUCAGAGUGCAACUCUGUGGCAGCAUGCUGCACCAGCACCAUCAUUAUCACCACCUCCAUUGCCCUCCCUUGCAUUGCCAGCUUCUAUACCCAUCCUUCACUCCUCCUUAUCUCCUUGUUCACAAACCUUCCUGCUGAAGGCCAUUUGAACAGUGUGAAUUGCACCAUCAUUCAGCAGAGAGCAGAUGAAAACAUAGACUCCAUCACAGUUCCCUUCACUAAGUCUUGGACAGAUGUCCACAAACAGCAGUCGGAUACCCAGAUCAUUCAGUUCCUGAGAGAAGAUGUCACCAACUUAGAGUUUUUUUAUGAACCACCCAUCAACCACUGCACUCUUUCAUUUCUGUCUGUAGACCUGGAGGAAGACUACCGAGUCCACUAUCUUGACUCUCAGCUUUUCCGUGAACGAAGUGUGACCUCCCCACGGUACCAGUCUUUAGUAGAAAUAAUACUUUCCCUCAUCAUUUAUGUUCUUAUUUCGAUUGGCUGCUUUUUGGUUUUUAACUUCAGUAUGGCUUUCAUUGUGGUUUUUGUUGUCUGUCUGGUCCUAGAAAUCCUGGCUGUUUUGGAGAUUAUCACUGACGUAACACUGGGCACUGCCAAGAAAGAGAAGUGCAGCAUGUUUGUCGAGUGCAUGUCAUCAUGGUGGUCGCGGAACUUGAUAGGAGUCCUGAUAGCUGUCUUGCCUGCUGCCGUUGUCUUCUCCAACAUGUCCUGUGCACUUGUGCUGGACAAAGUGUGGCGGGACCGAUUUCUCUGCUUUUGCCUGUUUCUGUCACUUUUUAACUUCUGCAACUUCUCAAUGCUGAGUUCCUGGUUUAAGUCUAUUGUUGCUACCCUUGUUGGGCUUGUUCUUCUAUUGUUACUGAACAUCUCAUUCUGUGAAUUUGAUGGGGAUAUCUCAGUCAACAAUAUCACCCUUACAAAUAAAUCCAAUGUGACUACAAGGACUGAAGAGGUAGCUCAUCUGUUUUCGGGUAAGAAUACACUACGUUUUGAGAUCAUCUUAGACAUUAUUCUACUCCUGUUUCUGAUCUGGUUCCUGAACAGGGAAUUUGAGAUAAGCUAUCGACUCAGCUUCCAUGGCAGUGCUCAGGCUGAGAAAGAUACUAAACAGAUGCAGGAGAACAAAGACCAAGCUGACUGGUUGCUGCAUAACAUCAUACCAGAACAUGUAUCUGAUGUUCUGAAGCGCACCUCCAAAUACUCUAAGAACCACAAGGAUGUUGGAGUAAUCUUUGCCACCAUCGUCAACUUCAAUGAAUUUUACGACGAAGGUUUCGAAGGUGGGCGUGAAUAUCUACGAGUUCUUAAUGAGCUAGUGAGUGAUUAUGAAGAACUUUUGGAUGACAGGCGAUUCAAAGAUGUGGAGAAGAUCAAGACCAUCAGCUCCUCCUUUAUGGCUGCUUCUGGCUUAAAUGAAAUUACACGCAGGAAUAACCAGCAUCCGUAUACCCAUUUGUUUGCUUUGAUGGACUUUGCUGUUGAACUGCAGAAUGUAGUAUCUCGCUUCAAUGAAAGUAUCUUCAACUUUAACUUUGUACUUAACAUUGGAUACAACUUUGGAGAGGUUACAGCUGGUGUUAUUGGCACAACCAAAUUGUUGUAUGACAUUUGGGGUGACACAGUAAACAUAGCCUCUCGUAUGUACUCUACAGGCAAGCCUAAUCGCAUUCAAGUGCCAGAGGCCACAGCCAAAGCCCUUGGCGAUAUGUUUGAGUUUGAGUACCGUGGAGAAAUAUUUGUGAAAGGCAAAGGUGAAAUGAAGACCUUUCUCCUUAAAUGUAAACGUCCUACAGCUGCUUGGAACUGAAACUGUUCAGUUUGUUCAUGACAGCAAUCAUGCUGUGAUGAUCUGAGAUUUAUCAUCAGAAAGACUGUUCUGUCCUCUUUCACAGAAAAUCAGGUUCGGAGGCAUACACUUCUGGAAUUUAGUUCGUUUUGUUGGGAGUGAGUAAAACUAAUGUGUGAACAGUGUUCAAAAACAAAUAUCUUACAAAUCAUGAAGAAUAUGGUGGCCAGAGUGUCACGUAUUGUGCGGAGGUUGUGUGUAGGAGCCUUUCUCUGCAUGUGCAGAGCAGAGCAAUGUACUGUAAGAUCAAGGGAUUUUGCAUAGUUUUAUACAUGGAUGAAAGCAUCAUGUAUGUUCCAUGUAGUCUGUGACUGUGACAGAGUUUCCAAAGAUAAUUCUUUUGGGAUUUUUACAAAUAUUUUUGCAAGUGGGACUGCGUGUAUAUAUUGGUUGUUUGGUAGUGUGAAAUUCUGUUAAUUUUCUACAGUGAAAUGUGUGCAUGUCUAUGUUAACAUAUAUCUGGUCCAGCAGAAUUGCUGUUAAUUUACAUGAUAGAUCUUGUGAGUAAGGGUGCUUUGGAGUGAAGACUGUAGUGCUCAAAUGUAAGCUCAAAUGUAUAGAUUGUUUAUUUAUUUGAUGACAAUUUUGGUGUCAGUCUUUUACAUUUUGGCAUCGUAACACAUCAUUGCAAAUGUUAUCUUCUUUCAAAGCUAAUGCCACAUUUUGACUUUAAUUUAACUGUUCAGUGGCACUUUCUUUGAAUGAGAGAAACUGAUUUUUGUAAUAGAAAGUAUUAAGUCUAAAAAUCAUGAAUGCUAAAACUUAAUAACGUUUACUUUCGGUCUCUCUUUGUACAGGCUUUGAUCACUUGAUUAAUUCAUGACAUUUGAUAUGUGUUGAUAGGAAACUAACGGGAACUGAGUGAAAGAUUUGUUUUCUAAUUUAAACUUUGUCGGCAGUUUUUCCAUUUGAUAAUUAUUUAAAGUUUAAAAUUUAAGAAGAAUGGACAUUUUCUAGUCUGCAUUUUAUUUUAUCUCUGUACAUAUGGAUUGAUGUGAUCUUUAUCUUGAUUUUUUUAAAUUAAUGCUUUUUAUAAUAUUUUUAGGCCUUAUUAAUGCUUUUUUAAAGCUUGAAUUUAACUCCAUUUACAGUUUUAGUGUCAGAGUCUAGAUGGUAUAGGAAUGGAUGCAACUGUAAACUGCAUUUUAGAACCAUACCUUCUCACCUUAACAGCAACUGUUUGAUGGAAUGCAGUGGUUGUCUUAAAAUCUAAUCUUGUGUGUUACCUAUUAAGUUUUAGUCAUAUCAUAAUUGUAUAUCUGGUAAUAAUACUACAUAUUUUUCUGACAUGAAAAAUCAGCCAAUGAUCAUUGGCACAUUUCCUAAAUUGUUUAGGACCUUGCUUAGAUUGAUUGAGAAAAUAAUUGCUUGGAUGCUAUCCAUGCACUGAAAACUUUACAGAUUACAUUGUUCUCUCAAAAUCACCUACAAAGCUAAAUAAACUUCUAAAUUAUUGAGCAAUGAAGCAUUUAAAAUUUCAGGAAUGGUAUAUUGUUUGGGUUAUUUUUUAAAGUCAGAAUCAGGUAUGUGGAGUGAUUCAUCAGGUUUGAGGGUGUGUGAGUGCAUGCAUCAUUGUACAUGCAUGCAUAUAAUUAUAUAUGCAUGGGUGUAUUUGGGGGUAGAUAGGCGGCUCUUACUUUGUUUGAAAAUUGGCAAUAAAUGGUAAAAAAGCAGCCAAACAACAAAGAAAAAAGAAUAAACUUAUUUCUGACCACACUACAUAAAUUAGUCUUAUUAAAUUAUAUGUAUGAUGUUUCCUGGAACAGUUCCAAAUUGUUAUGACAAGGCAAAAUUUGCAAAACUGGAUUUUAAUUACUUGUUUCUGCAUUGGAGUAAAAAGUGUAUACUUCCCCACAAUUUACAUUGCAUAAUGAGUUUUGAAAUCUCUUGUAUAACAAUGUCCAGUGGUUGUACAUCUCCUCGGAGCUUAAUGAAUGAAAGCAGCUUUCAAAUCACACUCUGUACCCUCAUCAUUUCAUGGAAAAUAUUUUUGGUUAUGUGUGUUAUAGUUUAUGUAUAAUGUCUGUGCUUUAGAAGAUAAGUGAUAAUUUGUUAACAAAUACAUUAUGUCUGCUGUUAAUCAUUGCUGGUACAAAAUUUUUUUAUGGGUAGGUAGUCGCUUUUACCUUCACCAGCACAGAACUUUUUUUUUUGAGGGGGGGGAGUAGUUGUAGAGCUAAUAAUGAGAAAGUAAACAGCAGGUAUAUUGGAGAUGGUGCAGAUUUUGAUGUAAUUUAUGUUGAAGACAUAAAUGUUUUAGAGAUGAGGAGUCAGAACAUUUUGCAUAGCAAUUCAUUGCUUCAUUUGUGACAGACAGGCAACACACAUACAUUUGCAUAUUUAUAUUCUAAAAUAAGAGUUAAUUUGAAAUACUUUUAACUUGUAUUACAAUUUUGAAUUGCUUUCAAAGUAAUAAUAUUCCAAUUAGAUGGUGUGCUUUAUCAAGAUGUUUGCUGAAACAUUAGGUAUUCCUUAUGAAGUUAAACUGUUCCCACUUUUCAGAUGCAAAGGGUUUGUCACCAGUUAAUAUUAAUGGUAUUUAGUUUUAACCUUUCACAUAGGUGUUUUGUUGAGCAUAGUAUUUUUAGUGAUAUUUUGUUACAAUGAAAGUUUUGAGUUGAGAUCUUUGUAGGAGGUAACAGUACCAUUGAGAUAAAUGUACAUAGUUGUUCAAAGUGCACAAUUUUGGGAUGUCAUGGAUUACAUACUUUUUGUUGAUUUUUAAGCACCCCAUUUCCAGAAUAUCCACCUUUCAGCACUACUUUAAAUAAAAAGAAAAUGAUCAUAAAAGAGUAAUACUGUUUUAACUGUUAGUGCAUUUUUUAAAAAUCCAUCAGUAUUGUCGAUGAGCUAAAUAUUACUGUGAUUUGUAAAUAACCAGUUCUUCAUUUAACGAAGUUGUUUGGGACUUUUAUAGUUGUUUACUUUUUUGUGCAUUAUUUGCUUUAAUUUCCUAAAGAUUAUCAGUACUUAGGAAUUUUAAAAUGUUAAAACGUAAAUGUUUAUGGCGUAAGUAUGUUUCUUAUUGAUAAUAUUUCUUUGUUAUUUUCUAGCUAUUGCUUUUCAUGAGCGUUUUAAACUCUACCAUAUUUUGAAAGCUUUAUUCACAGUGAAAGAUUAUUUAAAAUUUAAAUGCGCUAUUUAAGAACAGUCUAAAGUUAAAUGGACUUCAUUUUAUGAAGUAAAAGAUAUCUUUCCUGUGGAGUUUCUUUCCCAGCAAAUCUGUGCAUAAAUCUACAUCCUUGUUAUCAUCUGCAUAUACUCACUGUCUGGGGUCUGUAUGUUGAUGCCUGAAUGUGCUGCAGGAGAUCAUCUUUCAGCAUUGUUUUUACUUGCAAAAACAUUGAUAAAUGUAGUUUGUGAUCAGUUAUUAUUAUAUAUCUUUGUCAGCACAUGCUGGUGCAGUGACAAAACAAUCUACACUGCUUCCUUAGUCACAAAAAAUGUUAAGUGUGAGACAAAACAAGACCAACAUAAGGAAGUAAAUGUGAGAGAGUGCAAGUAUUUAUUUUAAGAUCGCAAGUGAAUAGUGUGUCUCGUAUUUUAUUAUCUUAUUGAGUGCUGUUCAAAAAUGUUAGAGGCCAAGAGAUUUUGUGGCCAAUAAUAUAUUCAGGCAGUGAUUGUAUAUAGUUUUUGUGGUUUUCUUUUUCACAAAUCAGCGUAAAAAUUAGGUUCCACUGCGAUAUUUCCUUUUCCUCUGUUUGCCAUAUGUGAGACACGUACGAUGUUUAUCUAAGAAUUUCCUUUUUUUAAGUAAUUUAAAAUAAUGCUACAAACUGUUACAUGUUGUGAAGCAGAAGCUGUUUUAGAUAUGCUGCAUUAUACAUAUUAUAUAUAUGUGUAUGAUAAGGAGACGUGCAGGUAAAAGAUGUAUGCUGUGAUCAAUUUAAAUGUUGAUAUUGUCUUUGUUGUCCAAAAUCAUUUUUGUUUUUGUGGAGGGUUGUCGUAUUAUGUGUUUAGUGUGUGUGUGUGCAUGUAUGCAUGCAUGUGUUCAUGUGUGUAUGUGCUAGAAAUAGGUAAAUAAUAAAACAGCAUAAAUGUAAUUUAUAAAGAAAUAUUCCAUGGCAUCUGGGUUGUCAUCAUAACAGAAACUACAAAAGCUACAUUAUUUCCACUCUAGACAAUACCCAGGCUUAGAGUGUUAAAUGGCAUACACAAAGUUCUUGGACUAUUUUAUCACUAAUAAAUUACCAAUGCUUUUCAGCCUCAUUUUAGUACUGUCGUAUAUGUUACAUCAUGCUGUACAAUCAUUACUUUUUGACAAUUUUUGGUAUCAUGCAUUCUUGGAGUAAGGGACAUUUCUCAUAGAUAUAUUCCUUGUUCUGAGAUGCUGCCUAUGAUAUACUGCAGUUCCACUUGAUCAUUAACACUCAUUUUGUAUUAAUGUCUAUUCAACCUAUAUGGAAGUUGUCCAACAAGAGCAUAACACAACUACUAUAACAGAUCUGUUUCACAGGGCGAAAAAUUCAUUGUGCUGUAUAUACCAGUAACAGUGAAUAUGUGAUUAUUACACUAAUCACAUAUUCACUGUUACACCAUCCCAAAACCAGGCUUUACAGACGUGACAACACACACACACAAAAUAUGUUAUACACAUGUCAGAAAUAUGGUGUAUAAAAGAUUCAAAAAUAGGGCAUGAAUCUGAAAAUAUUGAGGAAUACAAUUUAUCCCAAAUCAUCUUAAGCAGACAAAUAGAAACAUGGCUGCCACAUUUAUCAGAGCUAUUUGCUGUUUUUCUAUGUCAUGCAUACUCAGGCAUUAGUAGUUUUGCUCUUUCAUUCUUUUGACUGUCCUACUCUUACUCUUUAUGCAUCUUGUGAAGUUGGACAUACUUUGAUCUGUUGUGGUAUUUAAUAUGCUACAUGUAAGGGAAUCAACAUUAAAAAACUCUUUGACUAUAAAUAUGCAGUCCUAUAAGUAAGAUGAAAGGUGUAAGCCUUCUUCAAGAAGUGUCUGUAAGUUUUCGGGUUAUAAUUGACUCAACCCAGUAAAAUGGAAAGCAUAAAAAUAACUGGAAGAAAUAAGAAUUGUUAAAAUAUAUGAUCGGAAAUAAGCCAUUUCCUUUUAACCCUGUUUUUCUUGAUGAUGCAUGUGUACAUGAUUGUCUGCACUUGAAUCUGCACACAUGUCUGCUUGUAUACACAAAAAGGUUUUUAAAAAACUACAAUUCAUCUGUUUUCAGUCCUUCAGUUCUUUAUCCAGGUGACAACAUAGAAAAGCAAUUUAAAGUUUUAUAUUUAUUAUCUUGCAGAUUGUUUUGUGCUGGAGUUUUUAACUAAGCUAUAGUAACUGUAACCCCACCCAGUCCAGCCUCAAACUCCUCCACACUGCCUCAAAAAAAAAAAAAAGGUGGGGGCGGGUGAAACCAAAGGUAGAGUACAGCAUUACUAAAGUGAUGGUCACUAUAUCAUGUUGUAAAUUAUUGUGAAUUUUUUUCACACUAUUGCAAAGCAAAUUACUAAGCCUUUGUUGUUAAGCUUUCUGUGUGAUUUCUUCAAAAACUGCAUGAGGUCGACGGUUUGAGACAAAUAACAGGUUGCUUUUGUAUCUUGCUCUUUGAAGUGUGUCACAAGUCAGUGCUGCCUUUGCUUAAUAUUUAACUUAUUUCAACUGUUGCCUUAUGAUUGGAUCAGAUAGACAUUUGUUGUUAUUGGUUGAGCCUAAUUUCUUUACUUUGCAAUGAUUGUAAUGUCAGAUUAAUUCCAUAUACCAGUAGUCUCAAGUGGGGUAGGGAACACUAUUUUUCAUGAAGAAUAUUAUGCAUUUUUAGUUCAUGGGUGACAUAAUGCUGUUUGAAUCAAGAAAAUGAAAUCUACACAUGAACAGUGUCUCAGUUCUAAAUAUUUAAAAAGUUUUCUUAUUGGCUUGCAUAGUUGUGCACAUCAGUAGCCGUCUGCUAGCUUCAGUUUGAAAAAAAUUACUUUUCAAACAUCUUUCAGUUUAGCUUUUUUCUGUUUUGUUAUUAUUUUUGCAGUCUUUCAUAGAUAAUUGUAAAUUUUUUUCAAGUAUUCAUGGUUAGCUUCUAUUUUAACCCGUCCGGUCAUGGCUGCCUUCUUCUACUGGUUCAUUUUAACAACUCUGCUACUGGAAUUUUCAAUAUUUUUGUCUCCAUUCAAUAGCAUCUUCAGAUCUUUUUCUCUGGGCCACUGAAGCAUUAAUGAUUUACCAAAUGUUUUUAAUUUACUAAAUUUUAAUUCUUUUGUUGAGCAUAUUGUCUGCUAUUUCAGACAUUUUUGAAGUAUCUGAAGUGUUUCUCUCCUAAAGCUUUUUUUUUAAAGGUGGGAAGAAGGAGGUUGAUGGAAUCUAUUUCCCUAUUUGUUUGCAGUUUGCAGGCUUCUCAUGGAGAUAAAAAUAUGCAAAGAAAUACACAGCAGAGGUGGUAAAAUUCUAUGUCAGCUAGAAUUUUUGAGUGUCUUGACAAAAAAAAA